AUGCAUCAACGCCUGAUGAUGCCAAUAUCAAUUCUAGAUCCAUUGUCUAAUCUUCUGAAGCAACUUCCCACCCGUCUCCCUCGAUCAGCCGCCACUCGCCAGUCAUGGACCGUCCGUUGGACGGCCAUGAAUUCGAUCGUUUGUUUCAUGAAUUUGACCCACCUCCACCAUGUGAUAUUUGAGGUUUAUUAUGUGUUUUGUGAACGCAACUUAUACAAUGUGGUGAAAAGCUGUAGGUGA